UCCCUAUCCUCAAAUUGCAUUUCCAUCUUCCCAAAUGCCAAUCCACCCAUUAAAUCUUAAACCGCCGCCGCCGUCGCAUUCGCCGUCGUCAUGGGCAACUACGUUUCCUGCACAUUAACCAAACACUCAAAGAGCACAAAGGUAAUUUACACCAAUGGGGAAAUCCGCAAACUCCAGCAACCAAUUAAAGCUGCAGAACUCAUGUUGGAAUCGCCGAGCACUUUUCUGGUGAACUCAAAAUCGCUCAAGAUCGGAGCUCGGUUCUCCGCCCUAAAUGCCGACGAAGACCUUGAGAUGUCUUCCGUUUACGUCGUGUUUCCGAUGAACAGGCUGAAUUCAGUCGUCGCCACCGCUGAUUUGGCGUUUCUUUUUCUUGCUGCUAAAUCUGGUGCUAAUAAAAUAGGAACUGUGAGGAUUCUGCCGGAAAAUGCACCUACGCCGCCGAGGCUGAGCUUGGAUGAGAUUGAGGAGUUAUCUUCGCCGGAGUUUAAGCAUAUGAUUACGAUGUGUAGAUCGAAGAAGCCAUUGUUGGAGACUAUUGCUGAAGAACCGAUUUGUUCAAGAUGAUUGUUUUAUUGCCCGAAGGGUCUUCUCUUGGAUUUUUUAUUUUUCUAAAAUUUUAUAUACGUAUAGAUAGAAAAUGUUUUUUUAUAUAUUCUUUUUUGCAAAAGCAAUAAGGGAAUUGCAAUUCUUUAUUACUCUUUCAUAUGUAACAAUUGAUUUUUUAAAGUUGCAGAAUAUAUAAAAGAGUGUUAUUUUUUAAA